CUCUCCCUUAUAUACCCUUCUUCCCCCACUCAGCUCUCGUCAUUCACAGCUUAAUCACAAACCCAAAACUCCCAACUCCCUUUUAUCUCACAAUUUUCAUAGUUUAGCAAAGGAAAAAAUAUCAUGGCUAAGGAUGUUGAGAUCGCAGAGCAAGCAGGGGGGGAGUUCUCAGCCAAGGACUACCAAGAUCCACCUCCGGCACCCUUGAUUGAUGCUGAAGAGCUGAUCCAAUGGUCGUUUUACAGGGCACUGAUUGCUGAGUUCAUUGCAACCCUUCUCUUCUUGUAUGUCACAGUGUUGACUGUGAUUGGUUAUAAUGUCCAAACCGACAGAACCAAGAACACUGUUGACCCUGACUGUGGUGGUGUUGGCGUUCUUGGUAUUGCUUGGGCUUUUGGUGGCAUGAUCUUUAUUCUUGUUUACUGCACUGCUGGUAUAUCUGGAGGACACAUCAACCCGGCUGUGACCUUUGGACUGUUCUUGGCACGCAAGGUGUCACUCAUCCGAGCCGUUCUGUACAUGGUAGCUCAGUGCUUGGGUGCCAUCUGCGGCUGUGGGUUCGUCAAGGCUUUCCAGAAGAGUUACUACAACGACUACGGAGGUGGUGCCAACCAGCUCCAUCAGGGCUACAACAAGGGCACUGGAUUGGGUGCUGAGAUCAUUGGUACCUUUGUUCUUGUCUACACCGUCUUCUCUGCCACUGAUCCCAAGAGGAAUGCAAGGGAUUCCCAUGUUCCUGUGUUGGCACCACUCCCCAUUGGAUUUGCUGUGUUCAUGGUUCACCUCGCCACUAUUCCAAUCACUGGCACUGGUAUCAACCCUGCUAGGAGUUUUGGAGCUGCUGUGAUUUACAACAACGAUAAGGCCUGGGAUGACCAAUGGAUCUUCUGGGUUGGACCCUUCAUUGGAGCUGCUGUUGCUGCAUUCUACCACCAAUACAUCCUCAGAGCAGCAGCCAUCAAAGCCCUUGGAUCUUUCAGGAGCAAUGCUUAAAAUUCAGCUUUAUUUUCAUAGAUAAUACUAGAAAAAAAAAAGGGUCACGAAUUAUGAUGGGAGAUGUUUUCCAAAAGAAUAACAAAUGAAGAAGAAGAGUGCUGCAAGUCUGUCUGAAGGUUCCCUUUUGCAUUUUCUUUCUGUCACUUACAGAGGUUUGGGAGAAGAACCUUGAGGGAGCCAAUUGAACUGUAAAUAAAAAUAUUUAUGGACAAGGGUGUCUUUUCAAUCCAUGUUGUAUUUUUUUUUCUCUUGCUUUCAAUGUAUUUAAGUUGGGUUUGUCAUCUUUGUUUAUCCUUAUCAUCAUCAUCUGAUCCUUUUUUUUUUUGUGCAAUCUUGUGUAUUAAUCAUGUUUUUUUUAAUGCAUAAUUAUCCUCCGAAAAUUGUAUUGUCU